AUGCGGCGCGGUCUCUUCAUCUUCCUCCUCGUCAACCUCAUCAUUCUCUCCUUGCUCAUCCGUAGUGUCUCGACGCUUCUGGCACUACUAGUCGAAGAUGCCGCUGCCGACGCUAUACACCGCGCGGAGCUACCCUCGCCGAAUUCGAGCCUGAUCGAACAACGCCCCCAGAUUAUUCCAAAGAUCAUUCACCAGACAUACAAGAAUGAGACCAUCCCAGAGGUCUGGGUAGAAGCUCAACAGAGUUGCAUUGACUUGCACCCGGAUUAUGAAUAUAUUCUCUGGACAAACGAGAAAUCGCGAGACUUUAUCGCCGCCGAAUACCCUUGGUUCUUGGACACCUUCGAUGGCUACAGUUAUCCUAUUCAGCGCGCGGAUACUAUUCGAUACUUCAUUCUCGCGCACUUCGGUGGAACAUACAUUGACCUCGACGACGGCUGCAACCGUCGCUUGGAUCCUCUCCUGGCUUAUCCUGCCUGGGUACGCCGCACUGCACCUACCGGUAUCUCCAAUGACGCUAUGGGUUCCGUACCGCAGCACCCAUUCUUCCUCCGUACCAUCGAAGUGCUGCAACAGUACGAUCGUCACUGGCUCCUCCCAUACAUCACGGUCAUGUACUCGACCGGACCGCUGUUCCUGUCUGUCAUCUGGAAAGAGUACAUGCGCGAUGGACCGAGCGAGGCUGGGCGCGUGCGCAUCCUCAUGCAGGACGAGUACAACAAGUUCUCUUGGAGCUUCUUCACCCACCACCGGGGUAACAGCUGGCACGGCAAGGAUGCGCACUUGAUCUUCUGGAUGGGUCAACAUUGGGUCUUCCUCACUGUCUGCGGCUUCCUCCUCGCCGGAGUCGUUGGAUUCUGCCUCUGGUGGAGCUAUGGACGUGUCAUGCUCCUGGGGGCCAAGUACCGCUACCGCUACUCCAAAGUGCCCAACCCAUCGCGACUCUCGACGUCGCCAACACGACGCUCGCGACUCUCAGUCCCGACACUCCUGCGACGCGUCAGCUUCAAAGAAGACGAAGAGGCAGGUGGUGUCACAGAGACCUCGUACGAACUUGGACGUCGCGAUGACUAGAGAUCUAGAGAUUGACUUCUCGACUCGCAACUUCGCCAUUUUACAGCUUGUGUAUUUGUCUGUAACGAUACGGCCUCGGACAUGAUCUCUGCAUCAGCAUUUAUUGUACAACUUUUGCUCUUUUCUUUCUGUGUUUAGGAGCGCAUUAUGCAUGGUGUCUCAAUCCUGUGACGGGAUCCUGGAUUGAAUGCUCACCUGGAGCAAUUGGGUUUGCUUUUGGACAUAUGCGCAGACCUUUGUGUGUGAUCCUGUUUCACUGUUCCCCAUUUUUAUUAUUUUUUGUCUAUUGAUUUGUAAACAAGUUAGAUUUCGCUUCUCGGGAGACAGUGGAAUUAUAUGGACAUGCCUCUAUGCACUCGGAUCAGAUAUCUCCGGGGGGAAUGAUGAAUCAAUAAUGCCUUGAAACUUUG